ACACACGCGGCUCAGUACUCAUGUUCUGUGGACCGCAAAAAAUGGUCGUGUAAAUGGACCCUAAUAUGGAUAUGGAGCAGGGGGCUUCAGAGGUGAGAUGACUCCUUCAGCAAGCUGCCUGGACUUCCUCUAAUAAUGACCCCUAUUUGUAUCUGAAAGGGGCAGGGAGGAGGGCUCAGGUGGCCCACCAGGAAUAUUCACUGCAGGGUCUAUGGCCAGUCUGUCCCUGACAGAAGUACACCAGUAAUCUAAUAUCUGCAUGGUUUUUCAGCAGAAUGCCCAGGCAUGCAGGUUUAACCCUUGGUGUCGCCUCCCUGGUGGGUACUACAGUGGGGUGCCUUAUUCUGUGGAAGCUUAUUAAUCGCCGGAGGCAGCAGCUGUAUACUGGUGUGGACCAGAAGAACUCCUGUACUGGAUUAACCCCAGAGGUCCAAGACUUGGAUGACAGUGUGCGGCAGCCUUUAGAAAGAAAACGCUCUUUACUUUCAGUGGAAAAAAUCCUACAGGCAGAAGUCAGAAUAGUCUCUACGGCUGAAGAAUGGGAGACGGUGUGGCUGUUAUUACAGCGAGAUCUUGAUGUGUACCCGGUACUUGGUGUUGACUGCGAGUGGGUGUCUUUAGAAGGGAGAAUCAAACCCAUCUCCCUGCUACAGAUGGCCUCCCACAGUGGCCUUUGUGUCCUGGUUCGAUUGCCCCGAUUGGCCGGCUGCAGCCUUCCUAAGACCCUGGUAGCUCUUCUGGAAGACUGCAGAGUUCUGAAGGUCGGUUUAGGCUGCUGGGAUGACGCCUCUAAACUGAUGAAUGACUAUGGCCUCUCCGUGAAGGGCGUUGUUGACAUACGCUACCUUGCAAUAAGACAUAGAAGGGACAUUUUUCAGAACAGCCUGAGUCUUAAAUAUCUGUCUGAAACGAUCCUGUCCUAUCCUCUGGAUAAAUCUUUUCAGCUUCGCUGUAGUAACUGGGAUGCUGAUGAAUUCACGCAGGACCAGGUGUUUUAUGCUGCCAGAGAUGCACAGGUUUCCAUUGCCCUCUUCCUGCAGUUACUUGGCUUCUUCUCGUCUGACCCUCCCACGGCAUGGGAAUUUUUCCUGGGCAAAUGUCAAGGGCUGAUUGAUGUUCCAUUUAAAGGGAAAGGUGUUGUAAAUGGAGAUGUAAAUAUCAUUCCAAAACAGAAGAAGGAAUCUCCUAUAGAACAAUCGAGCCCUAACUCUCAGGGUGAUUCUCACAGACACAAGAAGAAACCUCUGGGAGUAGGAUAUUCAGUCAGGAAGUCGCCCCUGUACGAUAACUGUUUUCUGCAUGCCCCUGAUGGACAGCCUCUGUGUACUUGUGAUAGGAAGAAAGCCCAGUGGUAUCUAGAUAAAGGCAUUGGAGACUUGAUCAGCAAUGAUCCGUUUGUCGUGAGGCUACGUUUCGAGCCUUCUGGUCGCCCUGAGUCAAGUGUAGACUACUACCUAACGGUUAAGGAAAAUCUCUGUGUGGUUUGUGGCAAACGAGAGUCUUAUAUACGGAAGAACAUUGUACCCCAUGAGUACAGACGGCACUUUCCUGUUCAGUUGAAGGACCAUAACUCCCAUGAUGUUCUGCUCCUCUGUACGUCUUGCCAUGCAGUGUCAAAUUAUUAUGAUAACUACUUGAAACAGCAACUAGCCAUGGAGUUCUCUGCCCCCAUUGGCUGUGAGGAGGGGGUGCGUAUCCUGGAGGAUCCCGUAAGGAGGCAGGUUCGGUCAGCGGCAAGAGCUCUUCUCAAUGCAUCUAAACUGCCGGAAAGCCGUAGGGAGGAACUGCUGUCCGAGAUGAGAACAUUUUACUCAACUGAUGAAGUCACUGAAGAGACUCUAAAUACAGCAGCAAACCUGGAGACCAGAAUCUUCAAUGAGACCUAUACUCCACAUGGACUGAAAGUUGUGCAGUGCUUUGCAAAGGGUGGCCUGAAAUCACUAAUGGAAUUGGAGAAACGCUGGCGUCAACACUUCCUGGACAAGAUGGCACCCAAAUUUCUUCCACAGCAGUGGUCUGUUGAUCAUAAUCAUAGAAAACUGAUCAGGAAAUAUGGAGAAGAUCUGCCUAUCCAGCUCGGAUAAGAAGCCAGGCAAUGGACAGCUUAUAUUGCAAGGUUUCUUACCGACACUAACUUUUUAACACAACAACAAUUCAGACUGGUAUAGGCAACACUUGGAUCAAGGACAAGCCUAAUGCCGUGCUGAAAAGACGGGCCAUCAUGUUCAAUCGUAGAAAUGAGUGCAUUGAUUCAUUUCCGAAUUGUGAAACGCUGGGAAAAUAACUUUAUAUUUUUUAAAACAAAAAAAAAACAAAACAAAAAAAAACUUGGCUCCUAAAUCGAGCAGGAAAUGAUACUGUGAAGCUAAAAGAAAACUAAAGGACAGUUUUACCUUACUAGCUGGCAUGUUUAAGAGAGCCAUCCCUAUUAAUUGUGUGGUGCAUCAGCCAACCCUCUUUUGCAGUGUUUAUUCGCUGCCUCCUGAUUUUUCUCAUAACCUAAAAUGUUGCAGUUAGGAGCAUUGGUAUUUUUCUUGGCAAACUGUCACAUCUUUUGCUGCUCUGCAAGUGGUGGCUAGAACAUGACAGAGCAUCUGUUUGCAUAGGGCAAUAUCAAUGUUGGUUCUGCACUAGGCUUUUAUGCUGUGGGAGUAGUGUGCCUCUUAUGCACUGGCUUGUAAAAUGGCCACUGUAGUCAUUUUAAUGACUGAUCCGGUAGAUCUCGGGCACUCCAUUUUCUAGCGUUGGCUGAAGAUAUCAUGCUUUUAAUUGAGACGCCUUACUUUUUUUCAUGGGUUUGGUUUCUCUUGGAGGUCAGGUUUGUCUUUAUUUUUCCUACUCUUUACUAUUACAUCUAAUCGUGUCGCUCUGCUAAGCAAUGAACAGGGUUCCCUGUUUUAUGUGCAUUAAUUUCUUUAUUUAUUUUUAUUCUCCCAUAUGACUUAUUUAUUUUUGGGGAGAUAUGUGUUUUGUCUUAAAGCCGUCUAUUUCAAAAGCAUAAAGUGUUUAAUAUUA